UACGAUGCUUCUCUUUGAUCACAUUCGAUGGAAAUCGGACUGUAUCAAAAGUGAAUGUUGCGUGUUUGUAAUAUAGACAGUGAAUUGAACCUGAUUUAUUAAUCAAUUGUCUCUCAGAAAAGUAAUAAGAAGAGUUCUUGUGAAUUUAUCGACAGAUCCGAGGAAAGAAAUUGAGAUAUUGAGAAUCAAGACUUCAUUAGCGUAUCAUAUCGCCUUAUCCAAUUUGGUUGUGAUUGUUUACCUUUAUUUUAUCACCUUUCAGUUCCUUAUGGGUCUCGUGCUUUCCAUUCCUUCUAUUAUAGGAAGCUCCUUGACGGGCAUCGUUGGCAUUGGUAGCAGUUUUAUCGUCACUUCGCUGUUAAGUCUAACAAACUAUAUUCAGAGUACUGUAGGUGCGAUUAUUAGCUAUGCAGUUUUAUAUUUGCUGAAUUCGCUGCUGUCUUGGUGCAUGCUGAGCUCCUGGUUUAAUAAUAAACUGUCGAAGCUAUCAGCUGGGUACUUGCAAUUUGAUUGCCAAAAUGAUGGAAAAUGUUACAGUGUUUUUGCUGUUCAUCGCUUGUCUUUUGCCCUUGUGAUGUUCCAUUGCCUUUUUGCCUUUAUUCUAAGUCUUUGUAAUUCUCAAUCUACAGUUUCUGCGAAGAUUCAAAAUAGUUUGUGGCCAUUCAAAAUUGUUUUGUGGAUUAUUCUAGUCACAACUUCAUUUUUGAUCCCCACUUCAUUCAUUUCUUUUUGGGGUAAUGUUUUAUCUGUAAUUGGGUCUGCCUUGUUCAUCGUAUACGGCUUACUGCUUCUCAUCGAUUUCGCACAUACUUGGGCCGAAAAAUGUGUUGAACGAGUAUUGGUUACUGAUUCUACCUCUUCCAAAUUUUCUUUGAUCGGCUCUACUGUAGGCAUGUAUCUAGUUGCUUUGGUGCUUACGAUUCUUGCAUAUGUCUAUUUCUGCGCUUCUUCUUGUUCGUUUAAUCAAGCCAUUAACACCAUUAACCUUCUAUUAUGUAUUGCUGUUAGCUGUAUUUCAGUGCAUCCUAUUGUUCAAGAAUAUAAUCCUCGAUCGGGCCUUGCACAGGCUUCUAUGGUUGCGUGUUACACUUGCUACCUAAUUCUGUCUGCCUUAGCUAAUAGACCAGAUGAGGAAAAAUGUAAUCCAUGGAGUGGAUCCGCUACUGGAACUCGAGAGUUUAGCAAAGUAAUUGGAGCAGCUUUCACCUUUUUAACUAUCGUAUACAGUGCUUUGAGGGCAGUUUCCGGCUCGGAUAAAGAUGAAGGUUAUGAAUAUGUUUACGGUGAUGCUCACAAUUUAUCUCGCGAAAGAAGUUUAGAGCCCAGUUUAGAUAAUGACGACGUCGUAUCAAAUUCGUAUUCUGAUUACAAUUAUAUUUGGUUUCAUGUUAUUUUUAUUUUAGCAGCUUGUUAUACUGGUUCGCUCCUUACCAACUGGAACACAAUGAAUAUCUAUGAAAACAAAGAAAACGAUGUUUUUGUACGUAUAGGAUUUUCUUAUGCUGCCGUGUGGGUUAAAAUAAUAACUUCAUGGAUCUGCCAUUUACUAUAUGCCUGGACUUGUUUGGCUCCUAUAUUCUUUCCAUAUCGUUUUAUGAUUUGAUGAUGUAUCCUAGCAUAAAUUAUAAUGAUCCUCUUUUAAUUUCAGUACAUUAAGUAUUUGGAAAAUGUAUUCAUGAUGUUCCGUCCUUGUAAUAAAAAGCUGGAGGUUAUUUUAUUUUUUUUUUUUAUUCAGAAAAACGGAAAACCUAGAAACGAGAAGAUAAAAAAAAAUCCUAUAAUGUUCCGGACUUUCAUGUUGUCUCUAGACAUUGUACGAGCUUAAGCUAUAAUGAGUCUCAGCUUAAUUGCAAGAUCUGACGAAAACAGGUAUGGAUGUUGUCGCAGUAGGCAAGCUGUAGACAAUUGGCAAUUAGGUGUUAUUUAUAUAUUGGUCAUGUUAGUCUCUGAAGGAUUGUGAAAAUAAAAGUCAUUUUUUAGUUACAUACCGGUCUCAAAAGAUUAAAGAUUGAAUAUUAAUCAAUGCAUUUUGCAUAUCGAA